UGCCCGCGCCCGCCCUACUGCCCCUUGCUGGGUUUCCUGUUUAAGAUGGCGUCCCCCGUGGCAACGCAGGCCGGGAAGCUUCUGCGAGCCCUAGCACUGCGGCCCCGCUUCCUGGCGGUCGGGUCCCAGGCAGUUCAAUUAACCUCCAGAAGAUGGCUGAAUCUGCAGGAAUACCAGAGCAAGAAACUGAUGUCUGACAACGGAGUGAGAGUUCAAAGAUUCUUUGUAGCAGACACUGCAAAUGAAGCUCUUGAGGCUGCUAAGCGACUAAGUCAGGAAACUUGUGGAUACCCACCCAGAGUUCAUCAAACUAAGGAAGUUGGAUGUUCAUCAACCAAGCCUAUGAGAAUGAUGUAUACACCAGAAGGCCAGUGGUACAUUUACAAAAUGGAAUGAUUUUCUCAUGACUAGAAUGUUCAGAUCUGCUAUCCUGGUGUCUUAGGAGACACAUUCAUCUUGUUUUACCUUUAUGCAAUUCUUUUCCUUUUCAAGACAAAGAGCACAUUUCAACAAAA